AUGGCUUCUACUCCCUUGUCCCAACCACGAGAAUUUCCGACAUCAGGUUUUACCGUUCUGGAUUCCUCUAGAGACUUUGAAGAAGAAACACUGCCUGGAUAUGUGAAGGAACGCUACUAUCCAGUUCGCAUUGGCGAAGUUUUCCGGUCUCGCUAUCAGGUCGUGACGAAACUGGGCUUUGGCUCAUCCUCGACAGUAUGGCUAUGUCGAGAUCUAUGUGAUGGACAGUACCUGGUUCUAAAGGUUCAUGCUCGUACGAUGCGGAAGCCGUCAGAAGUGCAGAUUUCGAAUCACUUGAAGGCGGUCCACGAUGCUCAUGGCGUUGAGAAAUAUCCAAAUAAUAUUCUUUUAGGCAUUGAUGAUAAAACGGUCCUUGCUUACAUGGAGGAAGACGAGAUAACCAACCCGGCACCACGAAAAUUUCUUGAUGAUCGCACGAUUUAUGCUACACGUGCUAUGCCUCUGACGAGCGGGGAGCCAAUCCUUGCUGAUCUUGGAGAAGCGCGACUGGCUGAGGAGAGACAAACUGGUCUCAUAAUGCCAGACGUGUAUAGAGCGCCAGAAGUCAUGCUUGGCAUGGACUGGGAUAGAGCCAAAACCUGGACACUCAAAGCGGCCAAGCUCGACGUUUUGCGGAAAUGGUUUCGCUCCUGGGACCACCUCCUGUUGAAUUUCUCAGGCGAAGUAAACAACGCCUUAAAUUCUGGGAUGAGGAAGGUAAUUGGAAGAGUUCGGAAGAGAUUCCUCAACAGUCUCUAG